AUGUUGGUGUUUCAUUUGUCAGUGAUGAUCAAGCUUUUCUUCCAGCUGGGUGCAUCUAUUUGUCCUGAGAAGUGUGACUGCUCUUCAAAAAAUGCAAUUCAUUGCUCUGGUCCUCACAUAGAAGACUUGAAAUCGUUAAAUCUGCCUUGCAACAUGACAGAAAUUCACAUAACAAAGGCUAAUAUAGUGUACUUGCAGGAUGUUUUUUCUAGGAUGGUGGAACUGCAACAUCUCAUCUUGUCUUCAAACAACAUCUCUCUGGUUUCACCAAUGGCUUUUAAAGGCUUGAGAAGUCUAAAAGUCCUCAAACUGCUAGAUAAUAAGCUGGUUGAACUUCCCCCAGAAGCAUUUGAUGACAUGGUGCAGCUUCAGCAAUUGAUCAUUGAAAGUAACAGGUUGACAUCCAUCGAGGAAAAUCUGUUUGACAAACUAGCUCGUUUGGAGGAACUUUUCUUGAACAAAAACCAACUAACAGCCCUUCCUGGUGACAUGCUGAAGAAACUUGCCAGACUCAAAGUACUGAACUUGUCAAGAAAUUAUUUGGCAGCACUGCCUAGAAAUAUAUUUAGUGCAUUAGCCAGGCUUGAGAAGCUGAUGCUGUAUUUUAACAGGCUGUCUUCAAUAGAGUCUGGUAUGUUUGAUAGUCUGAAGGAGCUGCAGGAACUCUUCCUGCAUUGCAAUAACAUCCAGUCCAUUGCCCCUGAUGCAUUUUGUUGUCUUCAUAAACUGAGAACUCUGACGCUCUCCAGAAACAAGCUUGAGGUUUUGCCUUCUGGGCUUUUUUUGCACUUGCAUGACCUGUCUAAACUGACCUUGUACAGGAACCCACUGAAGUCUCUUCCAGAAGUAUUGUUUGGAGAAAUGAGGCAUCUUGGUAGCCUGUGGCUGUAUCACACAAAGCUCUCAACAAUACCAGAUUUUGUGUUCAGUAACUUGACAAAUUUAGAGCUUCUUGUGCUGAGUUUUAAUCCAGAGCUUAGUGUUCUUCCUAGGAAUGUAUUCAGUGGCCUGAAUGAACUUCGGGGCCUUUCUCUGCAUACAAAUAAUAUUUCCAGUUUGCCAGAGGGCAUCUUUCUGAGCCUUCAGAAACUGCAAAACAUUUCUCUCUUUGACACAAGGCUUGAGGUUCUUCCUAGAAACCUCUUUCAUAAUCUCAAGCACCUCCAGAAAGUUUACCUGAACAGUACUCAGCUGGAGUUUCUUCCUGCAGACUUCUUUAUUGCCUUACCUGAUCUGCAAGAAGUUGUUCUCAAUGACAACCCUUGGAAAUGUGAUUGCCAAAUUCUUGGCUUCCGAGACUGGCUCCGAAAGAGCACAGAGAUAGUUAAAAAUGUGCUGUCUCUAAUGUGCCACAGCCCACUGGCACUGCAGAAUAUUUCUCUUGUGGCUCUAACUAUUGAUGCCACAAAGUGCCCUGUGCCAACCACAGCCAUUGCAUAUCAGAUGUUCAGCUCAACUUAUUCCCAGAUGUUGACUUCUCCUGUGACAGAGCUCCUAAUAUCAUCUUGGGAGACUGCUGUAACAGUGCUGUCCAGCAUGGAUCCCAGCACACCCACAUCAAUUCCUCCUGCAACUCCAGGUUUUACCUACUCCCAUGUUGAAGACAUUGGACAAUCUGGGGUUCAUUUCUCAGAUGUUCCAAUCCAGACUUCUCCCAGCGUCAUAGCACAAACCAACAGUGUCAGAGGAACAGAUUUAACUACUCUUGCCUGGUGGGAUGAGUUCCCAGCCCAUAGGAGUGCUAAACCCUAUUUUAAUACCAGAAUUGCUUAUUGCCAGCUGUUCUUGUGCCUUCACAGUUUGAUUUUAGCACUCCAAACUGUAACCAUUGUGCUCAGUUUGUAUGUGAUGGGUAAAACCAGGCAACUCUUGCACUCCAGAAAUACUCCUGUUCAGCCUGUAGCUCUUAUAAAAUUACUAAGAAGAUAA